UACCACUAUGUGUCGUUUCUAUAGCAGCUGGGGUUCUGCAGAUGAUGAUCGGGCGUUUUUAGAUUCGAAAUAGGAGACCCGGAAUUGCGGGGAUUGUGCGGGGUUGAAACUCUGUCCAAACUCUCGAGUCUCUCUUCCUUUAAUGAUCAGGCGCUCCCUAAGUCUCAUAACCACAUCAUCAUGUUCUGUACUUGCUGCUCAAACUUCAAUGGCCGCACCAGUAUCGCUACACUUGCCGACACCAGGCAAUCCCUGGGCUUCUGGUCGGGUGCUGACUCCCUCUCAACGUGAAACGAAGCGCUAUAACGACAGAAUAACUAAGAGAGCAAAAGCAAAAAAGCAAAAAGACAGCAUUAAGGAGCUCCAGGACCAAAUUGCUGCUCUUCAAAACAUGAUACAGACUCACCAGAGAUCCUGCGAAAUUUCGCGAGAAUAUUCAUUAGACACCUGCUUGUUACCAUUAACCGAUCUACCUCCUUGCUUAAAUAAUGGCCUAUCCACAAUAGAGUCAUCACAGCCAACUCGGGAACCAUCCGGUCCGCCUAAUUCUGACACGGAAAUUUGUAUCACACAACAGCAAGAUAGCUGGGCUACUGUCAUACCGAGCAGUCAACUUGCUCUCUCCCCGUCACUGCAAGUUAGCGGUAGUUGGAAUGUUUUAGAAUAUGCCAAUGGAGUGCUUGAUAAAGCACGUGAACUCGACAAAAUGGAAGUAUGUUUUAAUAGGCAACUCAACGAAGAUGCUAUCAUCCGCGGAGUUCUCGAAGGCUGGCAUUUUCUACAGGGAAGAACCUAUUCAUGCCCGCUGUGGACGGUGGUUAGCCAAAUCGACGAGAAAAUCUUUAUGCAUAGCGGGAUCGUGACACGUCUGUCAAUGCUGAGUACAAUUCAUAAGAUGCUGGCAGCAGUCGUACACGUUGACCAAUUUAAUAGUCUCCCCACAUGGUAUCGUCCAAGGCCCUCACAGCUCAACUUCCCGCAUUAUGCCACUGCAGAUUACUUUGCAUGGCCUGGCUUUCGUGAACGUUUAGUGAUCUCGAACUGUGAGGUACUAACGGACAGAUUCUUCAAGUACUUUGCAUCUUGCUUUCGACUAUUUUGGCCCCAUUCAAUUAGCGAUUCUUACAAGAUGGUCUCUGAUAGUGGAUUGUAUUCUUUUUCAGAUGCUUUCAGGACGCACGCCCAAGAUAUCUCAACGUGGACCAUGUGCAAGGAAUUCUUCCUUUCAUUUCCUGAGCUACAAGAAGAUAUGCAAUCAGAAAUUUCAAUCUCCACCGGUAGUUUGAAGGUUAUCAACGACAAUCUUCACUGAAGAGUGGCCAUUCACAAUCUCCAAUACUCCAAACUGAUACUCAACGUAGGACCGAAAUAUCCACAGAAAACCCAGGAUGAAGGUUGAUGGCCUUUUAUGGCUCUUCUAUCGAUACUGUCCACGUUUUCCAUACACCCUUUGGUAGCAAAACCGUUCCCUCUGCUAUGAUUAAAUAUCGCAAGAUAUGCCAAAGAAUUUUUUUCAUUUAGCGUCGUGUUGUAAUGAGGUCUUGUUGAUAUUUUGGACUUCACUCAUCCUACACACAACUAGAUAUUACCACGAUUCAAUUUACAUAGUAUACAGAGAACACUUUAA